GAGCACGUCGGUCGGCGCGUUUUUCCCUCUGUAGACUCGGUUGAUGCGCUGAAUGCUCCGGCUGUCCACGCAGACGACGCCCAGGUCAAAGCUCAUCCUGAAGAUAGAGGGCAGUUUCCUGCUGAGGAAGAGGGCUAACUUUGUACAUAGUUUUUUGUUUACCUUAAGCAAUUUAAUCGGAAGAUGAACCCACCAAAUCCUUUCAGUGGGCAGCAACCUAGUGCUUUUCCAGCCUCUGCUAGUGGUCCCAUAGGAACAUUUCAGGCGAAGCCCCCAUUUCGAUUUGGUCAGCCUUCUCUUUUUGGGCAAAACAACACAUUGUCUGGGAAGAACUCGGGAUUUUCACAGGGAUCCAGCUUCCCAGCGGCUGCUGGAGUAAGCCAUUCCUCUUCAGUGCAAACGUUAGGAUUUGCCCAGACUUCCAGUGCUGGACUCUUUUCUGGACUUGAACACACUCCUACCUUUGCAGCUACUUCUGGGCCUUCAAGUUCAUCUGUACCUGCAAACCCAGGAUUUAGUUUUAAAUCAUCCACUAACCUUGAGGUUUUCCCAAGUACUUCUACUUUUGGACCAGAAGGUGGAGAAUUACCUGGCUCUGGUUUUGGAAAAACAGAGUUCACCUUUAAACCUCUGGAAAAUGCAGUCUUCAGACCAAUACUGGCAAAUGAGACUGAGCCAGAGAAAACCCAGAGCCAAAUUACUUCUGGAUUUUUCACAUUUUCCCACCCAAUUAGUAGUGGACCUGGGGGCCUGGCCCCUUUUUCUUUUCCUCCUGUGACCAGUAGUUCAACUACCAAUUCAAAUUUUACCUUUUCAAAACCAGUUAAUACUAAUAAUUCAUCAUCUGCCUUUGCCCCUGCAUUGUCUGGCCCAAGUGCAGAGGAAGAGAAGAGAGGCUCGAAAUCAGUAUUUGGAAGUUGUAACAGCAGCUUCAGCACCUUUCCCAUGUCCUCUGUGUCGGUGGGUGAGUCCUUCCCAGUCAGUAAAACAGGCGUCAGACAAGGGUGUGAAGAAGCCGUUUCGCAGGUGGAGCCACUUCCCAGCCUCAUGAAAGGACUGAAGAGGAAGGAGGACCAGGAUCGCUCUCCGAGGAGACAUGGCCAUGAGACACUAGAAGACUGGGAUCCUCUGUCCCGGGGCGACCAUCCUCCAGAUAAACGGCCUGUCCGCCUGAAUCGACCCCGGGGAGGCACUCUGUUUGGUCGGACGAUACAGGAUGUCUUCAAAAGCAAUAAAGAAGCAGGUCGUCUGGGUAACAAGGAAUCUAAAAAGGAAACUGGCUUCCUGGAGGCUGGGGAAAGUGACCACAUGGCCAUCCCAGGAGGGAGUCAGUCUGUCCUGGCACCUUCCCGGCUUUCGGGUGUGAAUAAAGAGGAAGAAACCGAAAGAGAUAAAAAAGAAGAUUCUCUAAGAGGAACUCCCGUGAGGCAGAGUAAAAGGAGUGAGAGCGUGGACAGUCUCGGAGGCUUGUCUCCCAUGGAAGUCACAGCAAUCCAGUGCAAGAACAUCCCUGACUAUCUCAACGACAGAACUAUUCUGGAGAACCACUUCGGCAAAAUCGCGAAGGUGCAGCGCAUCUACACCAGGCGCAGCAAAAAGCUUGCCGUGGUGCAUUUCUUUGACCAUGCAUCUGCAGCCCUGGCUAAAAAGAAGGGGAAAAAUUUGCAUGGAGACAUGACUAUCUUUUGGCACAAGAAGAAAACAAGUCCCAACAAGAAACCCUUUUCUCUAAAGGAGAAGAAACCAGGUGACGGGGAAGCCGGCCAGGGCAAGGAGGACGUCCCCUUUCAGCACUCCCCUCUUGGCAAGCCCGUGGUGAGGGCUGCAACUGGUGGCCUCCUGAAUAAAAGCUCUCCAGUGAAGAAGGCAAGUCUUCUUAAAGCCCAUGCGUUUGAGGGAGAUGCUUUUGACUCUGGGUCUGAAGGCUCUGAGGGUCUCGGGCUGUGUGUGUCAUCUUUGAGCACUCUGAUAGGCACCGUGGCUGAGACUUCGGAGGAGAAGUACCGACUGCUUGACCAGAGAGACAGAAUCAUGCGACAAGCACGGGUGAAAAGAACCGAUCUGGACAGAGCGAGAACUUUUGUUGGGACGUGCCCUGACAUGUGUCCAGAGAAGGAGCGGUACAUGCGGGAGACCCGGAGCCAGCUGAGUGUGUUUGAAGUGAUCCCAGGGACUGACCAGGUGGACCACGCAGCGGCUGUGAAGGAGUACAGCCGCUCCUCAGCCGACCAGGAGGAGCCGCUGCCUCAUGAGCUGCGGCCCUCGGCUGUGCUCCGCAGGACCAUGGACUACCUUGUGACACAGAUCAUGGACCAGAAGGAGGGCAGCCUUCGGGACUGGUAUGACUUCGUGUGGAACCGCACACGGGGCAUACGGAAGGACAUCACCCAGCAGCAUCUCUGUGACCCCCUGACGGUAUCCCUGAUUGAGAAGUGCACCCGGUUUCACAUCCACUGUGCUCACUUCAUGUGUGAGGAGUCCCUGUCCUCCUUUGAUGCCAAGAUCAACAAUGAGAACAUGACCAAGUGCCUGCAGAGCCUGAAGGAGAUGUACCAGGACCUGAGGAACAAGGGAGUCUGCUGUGCCAGUGAAGCUGAGUUCCAGGGCUACAAUGUUCUGCUCAAUCUUAACAAGGGAGACAUCCUGAGAGAAGUACAACAGUUCCAUCCUGCUGUUAGAAACUCCCCUGAGGUCAAAUUUGCUGUUCAGGCUUUUGCUGCACUGAACAGUAAUAAUUUUGUGAGAUUUUUCAAACUCGUCCAGUCUGCUUCUUACCUGAAUGCCUGUCUGCUACACUGUUACUUUAACCAGAUCCGCAAGGAUGCGCUCCGAGCACUCAACAUUGCCUACACUGUGAGCACACAGCGGUCUACGGUCUUUCCCCUAGACGGUGUGGUGCGCAUGCUGCUGUUCAGAGACUGUGAGGAGGCCACAGACUUCCUCAACUACCAUGGCCUCACUGUUUCUGAUGGGUGUGUUGAGCUGAGCCGGUCCGCGUUCCUGGAACCAGAGGGAUUAUCCAAAGCUAGGAAGUCGGUGUUUAUUACCAGGAAACUGACAGUCUCCGUUGGGGAGAUUGUGAAUGGAGGACCGUUGCCCCCCAUCCCUCGACAUACCCCUGUGUGUAGCUUCAACUCCCAGAACAAGUAUGUUGGAGAGAGCCUGGCGACAGAGCUGCCGGUCAGCACUCAGAGGCCCAGCCUGGACACUGUGGGUGGUGGGAGAGGAGAAGAGUGUGCGGCAGAGUUGGUGGCCCCCACGCCUGGUGUCCUGCAGCCGCUGCCUGCCUCCGCGCCCUCACCUGCACCUCUGUCUCAAGUCCCAGUGUUGACCCCAGCCGCGGCAUCCAGCCCCUUCCAGACUUCUGUGCAGCCCGAGCUGCUUCCUCCAAAGCCUGUGCCUGUGUACACGGACAUGGACCUGGCACAGGUGGUGGACGAGCUCAUCCAAGAGACUCUGCAGAGGGACUUUGAGGAAGUUGGUACUGCUGGGGCGGCCUAUGCAGCCGCAGCUCUAGGUGCUGCUGAUGCAGCUGUGGAAGAUCUGUUAACAGCUGCCGCCUUGGGCAUUUUGAGGAGCAUUGCAGCUGAGGAGGUGACUGAGGAAAGGGAGCGCAGGGAGCAGGAAGAACGGCGCGCUGAAGAGGAAAGGUUGAAACAAGAGAGAGAGCUGGUGUUGACUCAGCUGAGCCAAGGCCUGGCUGCAGAGCUGGCAGAACUCAUGGUGAGAGAGUAUGUGAGAGAAACCUGCUCCCAGGAGCUGCAGAAUGCGAUGGAAGCAGAUCAGAGGGUCCGUGUGGCCCGCUGCUGUGAGGACGUCUGUACCCAACUGGUAGACUUGUUUCUGGCAGAGGAAAUUUUCCAGACUACUAAGGAAACGCUCCAGGAACUUCAGUGCUUCUGCAAGUAUCUACAGCGGUGGCGGGAAGCUGUUGCAGCCCGAAAGAAACUGAGGCGCCAGAUGCGGGCCUUCCCUGCCGCACCCUGCUGUGUGGAUGCGAAUAACCAGCUGUGGGCUCUGGCACCCAGUGCAGAGUGCCCCAUUGCUGAGGAGAACCUGACCAAGGGCCUUCUGGACCUGGGCCACGCAGGGAAAGUGGGCAUCUCCUGCACCAGGCUGAGGCAGCUCCGGAACAAGAUGGCUCACCAGAUGAAGGUUCAGCACUUCUACCAGCAGCUGCUGAGUGAUGCAGCAUGGGCACCUCUGGACCUGCCGUCCCUUGUGACUGACCACCUCCCUGGGAGACGGGAGUAUGUGUUUUGGAAGCUGGUGCUGGUCUUGCCUGAUGGAAAGGAGCAGUCUCCAGAGAGUGCUGGCAGAAUUCUAGCGAAUUGGUUAAAAGUCAAGUUCAUGGGAGACGAUGGCUUGAUAAACGACGUGUGCACAAAUGCUGAUGGGCUUCAGACACUUGCACUUUUUAAUACACUCAGCAGCAAAGGGGAUCAGACAGUUUCUGUCAAUGUUUGUAUAAAGGUAACUCAUGGUACCCUCAGUGAUGGCGCCCUUGAUGCUGUGGAGACACAAAAGGACCUCCUGGGAGCUAGUGGGCUCAUGCUGCUGCUUCCCCCCAAAGUGAAGAGUGAGGACAUGGAAGAGGAAGACGUGUACUGGCUGUCAGCCUUGUUGCAGCUCCGGCAGCUCCUGCAGGCCAAGCCCUUACAUCCUGCUCUUCCGUUGGUGGUUCUGGUGCCCAGCCCAGGAGGAGAUGCCAUCGAGAAAGAAGUGGAGGAUGGUCUAAUGCUACAGGAUUUGGUUUCAGCUCAGUUGGUUUCAGAUUACACGGUUAUCGAGAUCCCUGGUUCUAUUAAUGAUUUACAAGGCACAACGAAGGUUUCACAGGCUGUGCAGUGGCUGGUCUACCGCUGCCCCCGUGCCUUUGACCUUUGCUGCCAGACACUCAUUCAGUACAUCGAAGAUGGGCUUGGCCGUGAGUUUAGUGGCCGGUUUUUCCAUGACAGAAGAGAGAGGCGUCUGGGUGGGCUGGCCUCGCAGGAACCGGGCACCAUCAUCGAACUGUUCAACAGUGUGCUGCAGUUUCUGGCCUCCGUGGUGUCCUCUGAGCAACUGUGUGACCUCUCCUGGCCAGUCACUGAGUUUGCUGAGCCAGGGGGCAGCCGGCUGCUUCCUCAUCUGCACUGGAAUGACGCAGAACACCUGGCCUGGCUGAAGCAGGCCGUGCUUGGGUUCCAGCUUCCACAGAUGGACCUUCCACCACCUGGGGCGCCCUGGCUUCCUGUGUGCACCAUGGUCAUCCAGUAUGCCUCCCAGAUUCCCAGCUCACGCCAGACACAGCCUGUCCUCCAUUCUCAGGUGGAGAACCUGCUGCGUAGAACAUAUGGCAGGUGGAAGAGCAAGAGCCCCUCCCCAGCCCAGGGGACAGGGCCCUCGGUCACUGAGAUUCCGUGGGAUGACGUCAUUGCCUUGUGUAUCAACCACAAGCUGAGAGACUGGACGCCACCUAGACUCCCUGUCACAUCAGGAGCUCUGAGUGAAGAUGGUCAGAUAUGUGUAUACUUUUUUAAAAACCAUUUGAAAAAAUAUGAUGUUCCUCUGUCUUGGGAACAAGCCAGAUUGCAGACACAGAAGGAGCUACAGCUGAGUCAGGGCCGUUUGGGGAUAAAGUCUCUUCAUCCUUCUGCGAACCUUCUUCCUGCUCCGUGGCCUCACGUGCACCGCAGAGGGAAGAGGACUGCAGGCCGGAGACGAGAGGGGAAGGUUGCCAGCACGGAGGACCUGGUGCGCGGGGCGUCUGCCGAGGAGCUCCUGGUGCAGUGUCUGUCCAGCAGUCUCUUGAUGGAGAAGGAGGAGAGCAAGAGGUUUGAAGAUCAACUUCAGCAGUGGUUGUCUGACGACUCGAGAGCGUUUAGAGAGCCUUCACUUCCUCUCUACCUCCCUCAGACUCUAGUGUCUCUCCCCCAGACUAUCGAGCCUGUGGUGAAAACAUCUGCAGCCACCAGCCCUCAGAGUGAAAGGACAGGGGAGCCAACACAGCUGUCAGAGGCUACAGGCACUUGUCUGAGUGAACGGCUGAAGCACCUGGACCAGCUGAUCCAGAGUUCAAGGGAAGAGGAAGUUGCCUCCCAGCUGCAUCUCUCUGCACUAUUGGACAUGGUGGACAUUUGAGCACGCUGACCUGAGGGCUGGGGGCGCUCUAGAAGUUUCUCCUUUUACUCAAAAUAAUGUCAUUCUCAGACGCCUGAUGCACUCUUAGAAAUGUGAUUAUUAAUCAUGUAAGAAAUCAUUUAAAUGUCUAAUGAGAUCGCUCCCAGUUUUCAGAAUAAAAGUCUCCUUCCUCCUAUGACAUCCAGAUAUUGUUAUCUGUUUG